CCUUGUUUGAGUUUUGCGUCUCUCUCUCCACCGUUCAGCCAUGGAAGAUGAAGUGCAGGACUCUACCUCGUCAAACUCGCCUUGUGAAAGAAACCAACCAGUGAGAUCAAGGUGGAACCCAAAGCCGGAACAAAUCCUAAUACUUGAGUCCAUCUUCAAUAGUGGGAUGGUAAAUCCACCAAAAGACGAAACAGUGAGAAUCCGGAAAAUCCUGGAGCAGUUUGGCGCCGUUGGAGAUGCAAAUGUCUUCUAUUGGUUCCAAAACCGCCGGUCAAGGUCUCGCCGUCGUCAGCGACAAAUUCAAGCGACCCCUAGUGCUGCCACCGACAGUAGUGGAGGUGGAGGAGAACAAUCAGCAACAUCUAGUAGAAGCGGUGCAAUUCAGCUUGACCCUACUACUGCAAAUUUUUGCCCCUCAUCUGUUUUUUUCCCUAUGACUGCACCUUCCAAUUAUCUUGUUCUUGGUUCCUCUUCCUCCUCCUCUUCUUCGUCUUCUUCUUGUGGAGGAGUUGUGGGAAAUGCAAAUGAUGGCCUCAUACCCUUUUCUAAUCAAAUGGGUCUUCCGGAAAUUGAGCAAAACUCUUCUGUCACUUCAAUUUUGUGCUCACCAACAGACGAUCCCAACUUGCACUACCAAACCGGGUUCAUCACAGUUUUUAUUAAUGGAUUAGCAACUGAGCUGCCCAGAGGGCCACUUGACAUGAAAGCUAUGUUCGGUCCAGAAAACUUAGUCUUGUAUCAUUCCUCUGGGUUGCCACUCCCAGUUAAUGAAUUUGGUUUUAUUGUUCAGAGUUUGCAGCAUGGUGAAAGCUACUUCCUGGUAAGCUACCAUUAA